AUCACCUCAAAUCAUUAAUAGGAAUGUAAAAAAACACACACAUUCAUUCUGUGCUCUGUGUUAUAUCACGGUAAAAUCAUCACCACUGCCAGCCCUUACAGUAACCACCCUGCAACUUUCUCGCUUUCUUUUUUCUCACGUAAAAAAAAAUAAAUAGAGAAAUCUCUGUUCCGGUGACCCGUACCUGACCUGACCGACGUUUUUCUCUUUUGAGAAAGCUAUGACCGCCUCCAAUCUCGGCAAUGGACCAGAAAAAAGCUUCAAUGCCAAAGAGGAACGUAAGCUUCGAAAGCCUCUGAUAGAGAAGAGACGUAGAGAACGUAUCAACUCAAGCCUGGAGCAGCUCAAGGGGAUUAUGGUGGAUGCCUACAAUUUGGAUCAAUCAAAGUUAGAAAAGGCAGAUGUUCUAGAGAUAACUGUGCAACACAUGGAGGGCCUUCAAAGGGGCUUCGGUCCAGCACCCAAUCAAGGACCUAGUGUGGCUUUUGAAUCGCGUCAGAGAUACAGCAGUGGUUAUAUCCAGUGCAUGCAUGAGGUGCAUAAUUUGCUCCUCAACUGCUCUGGCAUGGACAAAUCACUCGGUGCUCGUCUUCUAAACCACCUGCUAAAGGCUCUCCCUCAAAUCAGUGGAGAAAGCAGUGCUACUGCCACCAGUCCUCUUCCUACCUCACCUACUCAGUCUCCGCUGGCUCAUCCCUCCUUUCAAGCCCGUCCUCUGCACCUACACACCCCUCCUUCUCCUGCAAGCCCUUCCUCACCCAGCAGCCCCCGUUGCUCUCCUGGAAUCCUCUUGCAGAGAGAGGGGGCUGGAAUGAGGAUCUCCCCGCCUGGAUCACCCUCCCCCCAACCUCUAUCCCCUUCUGCCCUUCCCCCUGCCUUCCCAGGGGGUGACCCUUCAAUGUGGAGACCAUGGUGAAGAAGUGAAACCCUCUACCACUUUUAACUGGCCCUGUCCCCCCUUCUUCCACUGUUCCCUAAUAGUGUCCAUUACAUCCUCAUCUCCUGGGAUGUUUGAGUGCUAGGCCUUUUCACUCGGAGAGCAGAGAGGUCAAAGAAUAAUAGUAGGUCUCUGAGCCCCUGGGGCUUUUGUGGCAUCGUUUGAAGCACUAUUCUUUAUGGUUGAUUUACUACGCUGUGGGCUUGUUUGGAAAUUUAAAAAACAAAGGGGAACCACUGCCAAGGAUGCUCACUUAGAACUGAGCACAUGUGAAAAAAGAAUUGUUGCUUUAUUACUUAAUGGUACUGUUAUUUUGGUAUACCAGGAAGCAAUGUACUUUGUGUAAUUGUAUUUCACUUUGAAAAUAUGUUUUAAAUGGUUCUUUGCUUCUUUUUAUUUACUUUUCCAUUCUUUUUUUUAUUAAAGUGUACUCACUAAAGUGUAGUGUGGCCUGAUGCCUUUUUAAAACUAUACCUCUAAUCAACUGAUAGUGACCGGUUUCUGUUACAAAAUAAUCUACAUGUAUUGGUAUGUCCUGAAUGCAUUGACUAUGUUAAUGUGUGCAUGAAAACCCAUGACCUCUGACAUUUUUCUUUCUGACACUUGAUGUUUAGCCUGUACUGGUCCCCACUUGUUUCACUUGGAGCAUUUUGUAUUAAAAGUUAGGUUCAGGUGAAAAACAUACUCUAUUUGUAUGCCCACUCUGUGUGCUGGGUAUCUGAAUAUGCUGUACAAAUUCCAUGAAUAAAGAAAUGAGCAUCCACAA